AUGGACACUUGCGUUCUCCUCUGGGGAGCCUCCACGGUUCAAUGUCUGCACCUCGGCUCUAUCCUGGGUAGAUGCUCCAGAGGACCAGAGCUAGUGUUGUGUUUAAUCAUCACCUUCGUCUUUCCUAAGAUUCUUACAAAUCAUUCUAUCGAAAUAUUCUGGGAAGAGCAAACUGAACUACAACGGAUCAGGGUUCUAGAGUUGCAAGGUGCCGGUGACAUGCUGAAGCUUGGAAAUGAUCAUCUCACGAAAAGUGCUGUUGUUUCCCAAGAACUGCAAUUGGGUAUCCUCGGCCAUAGAGUUAGAGCUAUGUCAAAAAAGGAAGAAGGAAGUGAACUUGAGGGAGAAGCUUCUUCAACAAAUCUACAAAGGAAAAGACCAGCUGAGGAAUCCUCUCCCGUAAUCACUCCUCCCAAUCUUCGGGAUCGCACUCCUGCUCAACAUCCUCGCGUACAAAGUCAGUCUGAUACAGAGGAUGGCGAUUUUGAUGAUUACAACGAAAACGAGGAAGAAAAGGAAGUCAAUGAAAACGAGGAGAUAUCAACCGAAGUUCAACUCAUUAUUUCAAAGAUGGAAAAUGUGAACUGUCGUCUUUUCAAAUAUCGUAUCGUAAACCUCUCCGAAAAAAAUUUAGUUGACCCAGUAAACACCGUUUUUUCUAAAGACGAUAAAAAAAGAAUGAGAAAAUUCUGGGAGGAAAUGGAGCCAUCUGCCGAAGAAAAACAGAAUACGGUGCGUCGAUCAAAAUGGGAAGGAAGCAUCAAACCUCUAGUUAAUAAGUAUGCGCUUGCUAUUGAAGUGAAAGCGGAAACUAUUUUUGAUGAUAAUGUUCGGUCAUCAUCAAUAAAGAUUAUUUUCGAAUCGCCAUUUGAAGACGAGUUUGAUUUCAAAAAACAUUAUGAGUAUUUAUGGGUGCAGGAUGUCUAUCGGCGGUUUAUAUGCCUGUUCAACUCUCCUUUUAAUAUGCUUCGCGACGCGAACACGUUGGAGAUCGCUUAUAGGGAUGCAUUUGUUAACCCUCUGAUUCCGAAAGCAUUUGAUGAUCUGAGCGACAAAAUCAGAUUUCAAAUCGGAGAGAUAGAGAGCAAAUUACGUAAAAAACAACGAAAUGAAACAAAAGGUCAAAAUCCUCGGAUCGGGUUUAUGGAAGUUGUAGGAAACGCUAUGGCUGAGGAUAUUACUGGAUAUCACGGAGAUAUGAAAAAAUUGUUUAAAGUAAUGCAGAUUUCGAUAUUUUAUCAACGUCAGCACCAUCUAAUACGUGGUGCAUCAGAAGAUCAACUUCUAUGCAUUCAAAGUUUCGGUUUGCUUGUUUACCAACGUGAAACAACAAUAUACACUAUGCACAGAGUUAAAGGAGGGUUGCAUGUCGUUGACAUUCUUACCAAUUUCACGAUCCCAGAUAACAGGGAUCAAGUGUACGUGAUAGAUGAAAUCAUAGAGAAAGCAUAUUUAUUUAAAAGUCGAGUUAUGGAUUACUAUAUAAAGUUGCAAGAAGUAUCGCGGAAAGUGCAGAAAUAUUCACCAUCUGACGAAAGCCCUCUAGAAGCGUCACCAUCCAGAAGGAAAUCGGCAAAACA